GUCCGGCGCGAAAUUGCCCAGGCGGGGACCUUUCAUGCGCUUUGCAAAUAUAUAUAUAUAUUAUAUUUUUGUUUCGUUUCUCUUCGCGCUUUGCAAUUAAACGCAAUGCUGUUUGCCAAAACAGAAGCUUCUCCGGCACUGGCGACGAGGUUUGGGCAGAGCGUUGGCUGCUGAAGGAGGGAGUUUGGUGCGGGAAACGCGAGCAGCAACUCACCUGAGCGCAGGUGUGCAAAAGUAGUUCUGCAGCUGCUAAGCGCCUGAGUUGUUCAGCCAACAAUCCGGAGUCCUGCUGCCCAUUUCUCACCAGAUGUCCAGGAACUCCAACAUCUAGCACAGUCCUUGUUAAUCUGGGCGACGACCAGGCCGGGAAGUUCCUUCAUCUGCCCCGGACUGCAAUGGGCCGAAAAAAGAUACAGAUUAGCCGAAUCGUGGACCAACGAAACAGGCAGGUCACCUUCACCAAGAGGAAGUUCGGGCUGAUGAAAAAGGCCUACGAGUUGAGCGUCCUUUGCGACUGUGAGAUCGCCCUGAUCAUUUUCAACAGCACCAACCGGCUCUUCCAGUACGCCAGCACAGACAUGGACAAGGUUCUCUUGAAGUAUACGGAGUACAGCGAGCCCCACGAGAGCCGAACCAACUCGGAUAUUCUGGAGACCCUGAAACGAAAAGGCUUGGGCUUUGAAGGUGCAGAAAUGGAUCUUGUAGAAGCUUUGGACCCAGCUGAGAAACUGAGGCAGCUUGAUGAAGGAAUGGACCUUAGAUUAGCCCGGCCAAAACUUAGUUCGGCUGCUUCCCUGUCUAGCCUUGAGGGGGCAUCCAUGGGAACUCCCCCCUCCGGAGGAGAGAGUGGGGCAAGCAAUUCAGGUGAAUCUCCUGUUCAACAGAGCCAUCUCCAGCAGUUCAAGCCAACUGUUCCCAAGCCAGCCUUCCCUUCAGUGCGGUCCCCAGCAACCCUUGGACCAGGUAUCGGGUACUCGAUCUUCUCCCAUAGCAACCUCAGCCGUGUGUUGUCGAGCAAAACGCCUCCUCCGCUCUAUCUGGGGGCUGACUCCCGUCGGGUGGAAGGACAGCUUUCUGCAAGCAGGAACAAUCUAGCAUCCACUCGCCCACUGUAUCCUGGGCUUCAGAGUCCUGUAUUGCCCGCUGGAGGUCUCCCUGGACGUGGACUACCAGGAUACCCCUUCCUCUCUUCCACCCCAUCAGAAUAUACUUUGGGGGAAAGCACGCCACACUCCUUCGGCUUCCAAGGAAACACCACGGCGGCUUGGCAACACCGAGAAUAUUCAAUGCCGGGAACAGCAAGUCGGAUUUGUGACCAGGCGUCUCUCGUUCCCGCCUCCCCUUCCUUGCACACCCAAAUCAGUGUGAAGUCGGAGCGAGCCUCCCCCACAGCCAGCUGUUCCUCGGCUAUCCCCCAGCUCUCCACAUACAUGCGUUCCAACCUCUGCAAUGUCCCCACGGACCUCCCUGCCUCUCAGGAAGAUUAUAUCAAGGGUUAUCAUUACUCGUUUCUGCUUUCCCGGCCUCCGUCGGAAGAAGCGAAGCAGCCCAACAUCCCCUCCCAUCGCCUGCCGGUGUCUGCCGCAGAGGAGUGGCAGAAGUAACCAGCUUGUGCUCAGUGGAGGUGGCUGUAUUGUAGGCGUGCGCGUAAGAGGGGAGGAGUGAAUGCCAAUCACCUGCGUUCACCUAUCAAUCAUAAUAGGGCCAAAGUAGAAAAAUGACAGAUUGCAGAAUCGUGUGUGCAGGGAAAGCCUCCCCAGGGAAGGAAAAAUUCAGUUCGUAGAACAGAGAACAGGUUAUUGGCAGCAGAUUGGAAAGUCCUCAACUUACAACCAUUCAUUUACAGGUAGUCCUCGACUUGCAACCAUGCAUUUAGCAACGCUCUGAAAGAAGUGACUUAUGACGGAUCCUCGCUCAGGGGUGGCAUUCAAAAAUUUUAGCAACCGGUUCUCUGCCCGAUUGCUGGGUGAGCCUGGCCAUGGUGGGCCUAGCCUAUUCUGCUUCCUGCACCACCUGGGGGGCAUUUUCACCCUCCCCAGGCUCCAGAGGCUUUCCUUGAGCCUCCGGAAAGACAA